CCCUCCCCUCCCAGCGCCCCGCCCCGUCCGGCUGAGGCUUCGCUCCCCAACCCCGCAGCGUUCGGGACCCCGGGAUCUCUGUGCGGCCUGCUCGCCGGGUCCGGCCAUGGGCCCCGCCGCUCGCCCCGCGCUGAGGUCGCUGCCACCUCCUCCUCCGCCGGCGCCGUCGCCCCUGCUGUUGCUGCUGCCCCUGCUGCCACUCUGGCUGGGCCUGGCGGGGCCCGGGGCCGCGGCGGACGGCAGCAAGCCCACGGCCGGGGCGGGACGGGGCGGGGCCCGCGCGGUACGGGUGGACGUGAAGCUGCCGCGGCAAGACGCUCUGGUGCUGGAGGGCGUCCGGAUCGGCCCCGAAGCAGACGCGGCGCCCCUGAUGGGCGGCCGCCUGAUGCUGAUGGACGUUGUGGAUGCUGAGCAGGAAGUGCCCAGAGAAGGCUGGAUUGCGGUGGCAUACGUGGGCAAGGAGCAGGCGGCCAGAUACCAGGAAAGUCAGGGCAGCGGCCCACAGGCCUAUCCCAAGGCUCUGGUUCAGCAGAUGCGGAGGGCGCUCUUCCUGGGAGCCUCUGCCCUGCUCCUCCUCAUCUUGAACCACAACGUGGUCCGAGAGCUAGACAUAUCCCAGCUUCUGCUCAGGCCAGUGAUUGUCCUGCAUUAUUCUUCCAACGUCACCAAGCUGUUGGAGGCACUGUUGCAGAGGACCCAGGCCAUGGCUGAGAUCACCAGCGGAGAGUCCCUAUCAGCCAACAUCGAGUGGAAACUGACCCUAUGGACCACCUGUGGCCUCUCCAAGGACAGCUACGGAGGGUGGCAGGACUUGGUGUGCCUGGGAGGCAGUCAGGCCCAGGAGCAGAAGCCCCUGCAGCAGCUGUGGAAUGCCAUCCUGCUGGUGGCCAUGAUCCUGUGCACAGGCCUAGUGGUCCAGGCUCAGCGGCAAGCGUCCCGACAGAGCCAGCGGGAGCCCGGAGGCCAGGUGGAUCUGCUCAAGCGCCGGGUGGUACAGAGGCUGGCAUCCCUUAAGAUCCGGCGUUGCCGGGUAGGCAGGGCGUCACAGGGCCCCCCGGAGCCUGCUGCUGAGACCUGUGCCGUGUGUUUGGACUAUUUCUGCAACAAGCAAUGGCUCCGGGUGCUGCCCUGUAAGCAUGAGUUUCACCGAGAUUGCGUGGACCCCUGGCUGAUGCUCCAGCAGACCUGCCCGCUGUGCAAAUUCAAUGUCCUAGGGAACCGCUAUUCGGAUGAUUAGCUGCCCCAGCUGGGUCUCUGCACGUGGGGAAGGGGCCCCUCCUGCCUGCACCCUGCUCCUUGGCUUGGGCUCCUGGAACAAGACUGCAGGGGGGACAGGACAGAAAGCCCUGGGGGUGGGAGGAGGGAUAGGGGCCUCCCCUGCUGAGGGGCAAGGUGCCCCACCACAUCCACAUGGGGAAGGAUGCAGGGCCUGGACCUGGCGGGAAAAGAGGCCAUGUUGAGGCCCUUCUCUGCUAUCCUGGGAACUUGUGGGCAGCUCCCAGGGCUCUGGGGAAGAGGGUGUGGGCACUGCCACUGUUCCCAGGGCCCUGGGAGCUCUCCAGCCUGCAAGGCAUCCCCAGGGGCUGAGGCUGCAGUGGCUGGGUUUUGUGCUUAUUUAUUGGGGGGUGGGUUGGGGAGCAGCUGUCUGGACUUGAGGGCACCCUGGCCUGACCAUCUUUCGGGACACAUUUUGGUCAAGGCUAUGAUGCUAAGCCCAGAGGCCCUUCUGCUGCCUGCUACCCUUGGUCUUUGGGCACCAGGAACCGCGUGGGUCCCACUGCCAGUCCAGCUAGGCUUCCUGCCGGGGCCUGGCUGGGACCAGAGGCCUUAGAAACCAUCUAGUCCUGUGUUUCUCAGUGGGGCUACAGGUUGCUGACCAGGAUACUUGAAGCCACAGGAUAAAUGUGGUACAUCUUCCAGGGGCGUCUGGGCUUUUUUUAGACUUGGGGUAGGGGAGGUUUAAUAUUAAAAUAAACAUGGAUAUAUUUUAACAUAA